CUUUAUAUGGAUGCCAGUCAUAUGAGGUUAGGAACCCACCCUACUCCAGUAUGAAGUCAUCCUCACGAAUUAUAUCUGCAGGGACUCUACUUGCAAAGAAGGUUACAUUCUGAGGAAUCCGGGCUUAAGACCUCAACAUAUAAAACUCUGAGGGAUGCAAUUCAACCUAUAACACAGAGUGAUGGAAGCUACAGCAGCAGAUGAGCACAUGAACAGAUGGGGAGUGAGGAAACAGCCCAGAGGAAUUCUGAAGCAUGAAGAAAACGAAGAAGAGAUGACUACAGAGAGAGAAACGGUGUUGCUGAAACACAGUGACCGUGAUCCAAGGCGGCAGAGUCCAGUCCACCAGGACAGAGGGGGGGGCCUGAUGAGAGCGGGUGUGUUGUGGUGGGAGCUGGUGGGAAGCAGCUGACGGAGAAGGAGAAGAUGAAGACUGCAGCGAGGCAGGUGUUACCUGUUCCAGCUCCAGGAGAGAUGUCACCUUUGACGAUGAGGAUGUUAGUGCUGCUGCUGCUGCCCCUGAGCCAGGCUGCCCCCAAGGAUGGAACCACCAGGCUGGUCCCUGAAGUGCAGAAGCAGCCCCUCCCCAACCCCUUCCAGCCAGGCCAGGAGCAGCUGCGACUUCUGCAGAGCUACCUAAAGGGACUAGAGAGGAUGGAAGAGGAGCCGGAGCACAUGAGCCGGGAGCAGGUCCUGCUCUACCUCUUUGCCCUCCACGACUAUGACCAGAGUGGACAGCUGGACGGUCUGGAGCUGAUGUCCAUGUUGACAGCAGCUCUGGCCCCCGGAGCCGCUGACUCUCCCACCACCAACCCAGUGGUCCUGCUGGUGGACGAGGUGCUGGAGACCCAGGACCUGAACGGGGAUGGGCUCAUGACCCCGGCAGAGCUCAUCAACUUCCCGGGAGAGGCCCCCAGGCCCCCGGAGCGCCACGGGCCCCCGGAGCCACGGGACCCGGGGAGGCAGCCCCCGCUGGCGAAGAGCCCGUCACGACCAGAGGCACAGGAAGCCACGGGGCCCGGGGAGGGUGAGGGGCAGGUGGAGGCCGGGAAGGCGUCCUUGGAGACUGGACAGGAGGCCGGAGGAGAGGCCCCCGGCCCCGGAGGGGAGGCUAGGGCCCAGGCUGAGGCCAGGGACGCUGGGAGGAAAGCGGAGGAGCUCCCAGGGGAGACGCUGGAGUAUAAGGCCCCCGCAAGUGAGUUUGAGGUCCACGCUAUUCAGCUGGAGAACAGCGAGAUGUAGACCUCGAGGGUACAGGGGAGCGCCCCGGAUGUCUCAGAGCCGGACGUGAGCUUGGAAGGGUGGAACGAGGACCCCCUCUGGCCCCUUUCCGGUCCCAGGAGGUGCAGCCCUUUCUGGGUGGCUCAGGGAGACCCUGUGUCGAGGGGCAGCUUUAGGGACCGGACCAUCAAUAAAGAACUGACCAAAUUUGUCCCCAGCGUUAGGGACCGGACCAUCAAUAAAGAACUGACCAAAUUCGUCCCCCUGGGCCAUCUGUCCCCUGGGCCAGCCGGGCCAGGCCGCAGCGAGGGGGUGGGGGCAGGAGGACAGGCCUCUUGGAGGGGGAGGAUUCAGCUUUCCCAGUGUUCCCAGCAGCUGCGAGCGCUUGGCCUCUCCCUGUCCCCCUGGGGCCCAAACACUCCCGAGCCCCUCUCACCUGGUGUUCAGACACCCAGCUCCCUCCCGCAGCUCAGGGCAGACCUGCCCAUCACCCUGUAUCUGCCCCCCCUCCCCCAUAAUAUUGACAAUAACUACUGUUUAUCAAGAGCCUGGCACACACCCGCAUUAUCCUGGGCGUUUCACAUUGUGAUUUUUAUCCUCACAGUAAUUCUGUGGCCACACAGAAUAAGCUCCACUUGACAGAUAGGGAACUGGAGGAAGACGGAGUUCAGUGAUGGACCCAAGGUGACCCAGCCACCCAGGCCAGCCUGUGGCCUCACACACCCUGCCCCACCCCCCCCUGUGCCCUCAGCCCUGGUCUCCCCCGGGCACGGCGACACCCGCACCCAGGCCCCCUUUGUGGCCGAGGCACCGCCCUAACUGCAGGGUGGCUCCCUGGGCGGGGCUCUGGGGCUGCAGGGCGGUCACCGAGGAGCUAUUCCUGGAGGCAAAGUCCCCACCAAACCGCACAGCAAUGGGCUCCGAGGAGCCACUCCCGGCCACGGAGCCCGGAGGAGCUUCUCCAGUGGUUUGUGGCUGUUUGGGGGAGUUUCCCCCGCAGCCAGGAAGGCUCCCUGUGACUACCAUCCCGGAACCCGGGCACCGCUGGCAGCAAGCCUGGAAACUUCUGCUGCCUGGCCUAGCAGCCCCUCCUUCGGGCGUGGGUGGGGAGGUGGGUGGGGAGGUGGGUGGGGAGAAUGGGGGAAGCCUCAGCCAGAGCAGCUUAGACGGCAAGGACAGACAGGCGGCCAGACGGACGGACGGACGCGGGCGCUGGGAAGCAGGUUUAUUUGCUCCGUGGCUCUGCGGUGUGAGAUGCAGGACCCGGUGCAGGCAGAGCCCUCCCACGGCCAGCAUCUGCCCAGGAGCGGGGCAGCCCCGAGGCCGGGCUGGACAGAGGGGAGGGGCAGCAGCCGGUGAUACUGGCCCCCACGGGGGCGUGAGCGGACGCCUGCUGCCCCCGGGCCUCACACGAUGCCAUCGAAGC